AUGGUUUUUUCGCUUUCUCCAUCUACACCUGUUUCCGUCUCUAUUAGCUGCAGCCCACCUCAAUUCCCCAUUUUCAAUCGCCUGAUUUACAGAUUCCCUGCACAAAAAGAAAGAAAACUUAUCAAUCAUCCGCCAUGUGUAGCUGCGCCGCCGUCAAAUUCUACGGCGACCAUUUCUGGAGAUGAUCGAGAAGUGGAGGACGUGGGCGCUGCAAUUGAAACCGAAGACUCUGAAGAAAUUUCGAGUUCGAAGUUUUCUUGGAGAGAUCAUUGGUACCCAGUUUCGCUUGUGGAGGAUCUUGACCCUCGUUACCCCACUUCAUUUCAGCUGCUGAAUAGAGAUCUUGUUCUCUGGUUCGAUACUUCUGCUUCCAAAUGGGUUGCUUUUGAUGAUAAAUGCCCACACAGGCUCGCCCCCUUAUCAGAAGGAAGGAUUGAUGAGAAUGGGCAGUUGCAGUGUUCAUACCAUGGGUGGUCUUUUGAUGGAUAUGGGUCGUGUGCUCGGAUCCCUCAGGCAGCAUCAGAAGGGCCCGAGGCCCGUGCCAUUAGGUCCCCGAGGGCUUGUGCAACCAGAUUCCCUACUAUGGUUUCUCAAGGGCUUCUCUUUGUUUGGCCAGAUGAGAAUGGCUGGGAAAGAGCUCAAGCCACUGAGCCCCCCAUGUUGCCUGAUGAUUUUGAUAGGCCUGAGUUUUCAUCUGUGACAAUUCAGCGUGAUUUGUACUAUGGAUAUGAUACGCUCAUGGAGAAUGUGUCUGAUCCCUCUCACAUUGACUUUGCACAUCAUAAGGUUACAGGCAGACGAGAUAGAGCAAAGCCUUUACCUUUUAAAAUGGAAGGUAGCGGGUCUUGGGGAUUUGCUGGUGCAAAUGACGGAAAUCCGAGAAUAAGUGCUAAGUUUGUUGCACCAUGCUACUACAUUAAUAAGAUUGAGAUCGAUACAAAGCUUCCAAUCGUGGGGGACCAAAAAUGGGUCAUAUGGAUUUGUUCCUUUAAUGUUCCAAUGGCUCCUGGAAAGACACGCUCGAUUGUUUGCAGUGCCAGAAACUUUUUCCAAUUCACUAUGCCGGGACCUAAAUGGUGGCAGGUGGUCCCUCGAUGGCAUGAGCACUGGACAUCAAACAAGGUGUAUGAUGGGGACAUGAUUGUGCUCCAGGGUCAGGAGAAGAUAUUUCUCUCCCAAACCUUGGGUGACGUUAACCAAGAAUACACCAAAAUUACAUUUACACCCACACAGGCUGACCGUUUUGUGCUAGCAUUCAGGAAUUGGCUGAGGCGGCAUGGCAACAGCCAACCCGAGUGGUUUGGUAGCACCAAACAACAGCCUUUGCCGUCCACCACAAUGUCCAAACGCCAGAUGCUGGAUAGAUUUGAACAACACACUCUAAAAUGCUCGUCAUGUAGAAAUGCGUACGGCUCCUUUCAGACACUGCACAAGAUUCUGGUUGGUGCUGCUGUUGUUUUAACCGCGACAUCAGGCAUUCCUCCUGAAAUGCAAUUACGAAUAGUUUUGGGGGCAUUAGCAAUUUUAUGUGCCGGGUUGGCUUAUGCUGUUAAUGAGAUUCAGAAGAAUUUUGUGUUUGUUGAUUAUGUUCAUGCCGACAUCGAUUGA